GCAGUUGACUCGACUUGGAGAGGGGCGCACUCACAAGAUCUGGGUCCCUCUUUGGCUCAGACUGCGUGUGAUGUUAGAGCCCAGAUUGCCAAAUAUCGGUAGCGGUGAUCAUCAUUCUAGACUGAACUGGCAGGGCAUUGCAGAGAAGCUGUCUCGACAGCUGGCAGAUUGCGAGUCCACUAGACAGAAGCGAGUCCCUAAUGUCUUUGUAAACAGAAGCAAUGUACUGCGUCCGAAGCUGCUUUAGGCCUAUAAGAGGCCGUGUCCUUCAAAGCUUGGGAAAUCGCCCUUCAAUAAGCACGAGGGGGUGAGCUCGGUGCUCUUUCUUACAAUCUCAUCGAGAACGUCCAGGCUUACAGGAACUGGAUUGCUUUCGCUGUCAACUUGGACCGCAAACUCUUAUACUCGUACCUCUGCUCCUCUGCAGUUCCACCUUGAGUACCACAGUUUGUCGAUACUUUGCUUCGGGGCUCACUCUUUCCUGUAGCAACCUAUGGCGGCUCGCUUUGCCUUCAGAAGAAUGUCGACCCAGGUCAUGAAACGGGUGACGUCAGCGGAGGGGCCGCUCCUGUCGAAAGGCCGACUGCCUCUCAGGCCGGGGGGGAGUCCGGCUGCGCCUCAGGCCCGUAACGCUAGCGGGGCGGCCUCUGAGGGGAGCGUUACGGAGGCGGCUGGAGCCCGGUUGAAAGAGACUGCCCAAGACGUCAACGUUAAUAGCUCCAGGUCGGGGGAAGCGCUGGAACUACCGGGCGGCAUCAAGCUCAACUUCCACUUCCAGAACGGCCCCAGCCAGCGCCCCUGGUUAUACAUAACCGGGGUCGGAACCGCCAUGGGCGCCCUGGGAACCUACGUGGGUUACAAGGCGGGGAAAGCGGCCGGGAUGCUGUGGGGCCCGGUGGAAGCGGUUGGGGAAAAGUACGCCGCCGGAAAGGAGAAAGUCAAAUCGAAGACGGAGGCCUGGAAGGAGCGGUUUAAGCAAGCACCGGCACAGAGGGAUCAAGGUGAACCUGAGGGUGUGAACGGGGUCCAAGCUCCCUCGGUGACAAUCAACGGGGGGAAAACCCAGGUCGAAGCAAAAGGUGGCGGACAAAAAGCGCAGGCGAGGAACGUUCCCCGGUCAGGUUUUGCGACAGAUACGCGUGGUCCGGAAAGUGGAGAUAAAGAGAGCGGUUCAAGUUGGAAAGCGGCAGCCAGAGCGGCGGUUGCCGAGAAAAAGAAACACUUCGAGAAGUUUCUUGAGCGCAAAGAUGGCGAGAGUCAGUGAUUGAUGGAUGGAGUGAAGGAAGAUCUGACAGAAUGUUAUGGAGAGACAAGUGGAGGAAGCUGGAUCCUAGACAUCAUCGAUUCGAAUUGAACGCGGUAUCCAAGGCGUUUGCUACAAGUGCAGAAAGACCUUACAUAAGUUUCUUUUGUAGGAAGUAGUGUGAACAGAUUUUCGCAGAGGGCGAAUACCAGAUAGUUUAGCUUGUUUCCACUUUUUGGUACGAUAAACAGGAUUCUUCAAAGAGUCGUUAUCCUUCUGUAAAGUGCU